AGAAAACCGUGCGGCCGCCAGAGACUGACGUUAAUUUAAAAAAUUACAAAAACAUUCGAGCGUGCGAUUUAAAAAAAACAGAAUUGUGAUUUUAAAAGUGGAAUUGUUAUGUGAACCUUGUAGGUAAUUGAUAAAAGCAACAGAUGAGUGAAAUAAAUUUCAUAAUCUAUAAUUAGAUUUGAAAUAUGUGAUAUAGCCAGCAGGAAAUCCCACAGGAAAUGAAGACAUACAAGUCGCGAGCUCGCAGACUUUUAAUUUAGUUUCUAUUUGCAAAAACCAUGGGCACGUUGUAUAAAGAGCUUUUUAAAUUAUACGACUUGAUUCAAAGUGGCGAAUCAAGAAGUGUUGCACGAUUUUUGAGUGAAAAUACAAUAGAUUUGAAUAUAAUUUUACCAUGUAAGGGUAUUGGAGUUUUACAUUUAGCCGUAGGAAUAGAACCAUUGGACAAAUCCAAAGAAUGUGCUGAAAUAAUUUUAAAGAAUGGAGGAGACCCAAAUAUAAUUAAUGACGAUGGUGUGACGCCAGUGCAUAUAGCUGCAAUAUGGGGUAGGGUGGACAAUCUCAAACUGUUGAUUGGCUGUGGAGGUGAUCCAUACCAGAGAGACCUAGAUGGCUUCUCCGCAUUUGACUAUGCUGUAAGAGAACAGCAGUGGGAAGUGUAUGACUAUUUACAUAAUGUUGUAGAUGACAAGGAUGACUCCUUUGGAUCUCACUGUGCUUAUACUAUAGAUUUGGAUAAGAUUUUAGUAUCUACAGACCAUGUAGUGGCAGAAUAUGAGCCGGUUACCAAUGACCAACUACAACGUAUGUCCAUACGAAAGUCUGACAUGAUCCGAGAGUGGUGUGACAAAAACACAUUUACAAUGAACAAACUCUAUCCCACUAUACUCGGGGACACGUAUCUCAUAGACGAGUCUGAACCCUGGCUGGUGGACUUUACAAACCUGAACAUCAAAGAUAAAGAAGAAAUUAACGAUACAUUAAACACGUUUAAAACAUGUAAAUCGAAAGCAGAAGUAGAAAUUAGUGGCAUCCAACCCUUAGAACAGACGGUGGACAGAACUACCGAAAGUAAUGAUCACAAGCAAAGAAUAAGCGUUUACGAAAACUUCUCUCUACCCGGAUCUCCAAAUUGCAUUACGCACGUCAAUUACAAUUCGAAGAGUAGUUUGAAGAAGAAGAAUACAUCUAAUUUCAAGAGCAGAUUGACCAACGAGUCGCUACUGACGGAUGACAAUUCAAAGGAUUUAGACAAAGCGGUGAUAGUGAUGCAGAAUAAGACGAACGAAUGGUUGUCGUCUUGCAGCGAUGAAAAUAAAGUAUUCAAUACGAGACGCUCGUCGGCAAGUAGUGGUGUUAGCAGUAAUUUCUCAGGGAGCAUCGUGCUGGCGAACGUACACGAAGAAUACAAGUAUGAGGAUACGGAGGAAGACGUGGUGCUUAUUGAGAGGCGGUUGAGGGUAGCGUCUAUUGUAUUACCUGUAGACGAAGCGGCCGACCAGAACUCUGCCGACCAAACGAUCCUAUCGGUGGCCUCAUCAUUACCACCUUCAAUGGAGUAUGACACCAACACGCUCAGAGCUGAACUAACAAAACUCGGUUUCAAACCUGGACCCAUCCUCGAUAAUACUAAGACGUUAUACUUGAAGAAAUUACAAGCUUUAAAGAAAAAUCCCAUUGUUGCUAAGAGCAAUGAGCAAGGAAAAUCGUACAGCAUAGAAUUAGAAAAAUCCCUCCGCAAUGAAGACUGGAUGCAAAAUUUAUCACCAUACAUAGAAUUAGAGAACAAGGCGAGGGCAGAUUUCGCAAACCCCAACAAGAAAUGGCGGGAAGGCACUACGAAGACAUCAUUCACAUAUUUAUUAUUGGACCCUCGGCUCACUAACAACCUGCCAGCUAGAGCCUCUAAGCAGAAUAACCAUAUAUCAUGGGUGACCUUCGUAAAUUCCAUAUUUUAUGUUGGGAAAGGAAAACGCUCUCGCCCCUACUCCCAUCUCUAUCAAGCGUUAACUCUAUGGAAGCGCGACUUCCGCCAAUCCAAAGACAAAAAGGUACAACACAUACUGGACAUAUGGAACGACAAAGUAGGUGUUAUAUGUUUGCAUAUUUUUCAAAACGUCAUACCAGCCGAGGCCUACACCUAUGAAGCGUCUAUGAUAGAUGUGAUUGGUAUACAAAAUUUAAAAAAUUUAAAAGUGGGAAAUUAUUACGGUGUGGCGGCAUCUUGGCCGUUGAAGGAACGCCGGAUGUUGGGCUUGUAUUUAUUGUAUAAGGCGAUGCAUAUAUUCCUUAGCGAAGGAGAGAGACAGUUACGACCUGACGAUAUAGACUGAUUAUUUUAGUUUGUAUAAUCUUUAUUUAGAUUGGUUGUUUAUUUCUUAAUUUUAAAUGAAAUGCAUUGUAUUUAUACUUCCUAGAAAUUUUUGAAAAUUACCAAUUAUUGUAGAAUAUGAAGUAAUACAUAUUUGGUGAAAUUUGGUCGAGUUGCCAAUAUGGCAUUAAUCACUACAUAAAAAUUUUUGCAAGUCUAUUUGAAAAAAGAAAAUAAUGCUGAAUAGUUAUAAAAGUACCCUGUUACCUAUGGUACCCGGGUAAAUAUUAUCCUAUGUACUAAUUCAGACAAUAAUCUAUCUUUGUAUCAAAUUUCAUACAUUCUUGAAAACAUGCGCGUUUAGAAUAAUACUAGAAUGUAUCAUCUGGUUUCCGUAAAAAUAUGGAACAUAUUAUGUGAAAUGUCUUAUUGUAUAUCAGUAUUAUAAUAACCUAAUGCCUAAUGCCCUAUCAUCUGUAUUAAUUAUAUAGAGAACUUGCCUUGUAACUUAUUGUAGAUAUAAGUGUUUCUGUACCUUGACAAACUGUUACGAACAGCCAAAGAAUUUCCAAUUGAACUCCAAAUAACCGAACCCUCAAUAGGUGAUGGUUUUUAUUAACAUUUUUUGAGAUUAUUUAUAGAGUGUUAAUUAAGUUAUUAAUGUAGUAAAAAAGACCAAUUUCAAAGAUAAUAGGCGGAUCAUUUUUAUAUUAAUAUGAACCGUGACACAUGAAAAAUAAUUAUAAUUUAUUGAAUAAUGUACUUAAGAAAUUGAUUUACUAAAAAAUUAAUUUUGAUUGUAAUGUAAAAAUAAUUAAUAAGAUAUUGAUACUGUUUUUAGCUUAUUAUUUUUGCAAUCUGUAUUACUGUCACCUGUCUGAUUUUUUACACCAUUUAUCUUAAUAUAUGAAGUAUUUAAAUUACAUUUUAAACUUGUGUUAAUUAUAAGCUUUAAAUUAUUGAUUGAAUAUGUAUUGUAUUAUGUAAGUUACCCCAUAUCUUGGAUUCUCGUUGGACUAAAGUGUGAUGUUAUUGUUUGUGAUAAACUUUAGUAAAGUAUUAACCUAACCUGCCUCCCUCUAUACUAACACUCUCUUGUUUGUAAGUUACAGACUUACAGAUAAAAUAUUUUAUCCUCAGUUACCUCCUUCCAUGACUUGUUAAGUCUGACGAGAAUCGAAUGUUCCUAGUCAAUUUAUAUUGCAUAAUUUACACGGCAAUCUUUUGUAUUAUACACUUAAGGGAUAAUUGAAUAAAACACUUUAUAA